CCCAGGAUAGGUAAAGUGAUAAGAUAAUCAGGGAAUAACUGAUCUACUUUCUUUUGUUCUGUCCAAGAAAGUCUAGAUUAAAGUAUGAUUUUGGUGGUUGUAAUAUCGGCAUUAUGUGUUGGUAUAUCAGUGGGGGAAAACUGUGCUUGUGCUACAGGCGAUGUUCAUGCUAGAGACGGUGCUGGUACCACACAUAGCGUUCUAGGAACUCUUACAAAAUCACAUUGUGUGGCCUACAAAGGGAAUCAGGUUGCAGCAGGGGGUCUCCAAUGGGCGCACGUUACAUAUAAUGGGCAGGAUGCUUGGAUUGCCAGUAAUUGGCUUACUUUUCAACCCUGUACAUUGACCAGUAAAUGUGCAUGCGCUACAGGUAACGUACAUGUAAGAAGUGGCGCUGGGACAAGCCAUGGCAUUCUGGGAACCAUGGCUAUUGGCAGUUGUCUCCCUUUUAAAGGAGACCGUUCGACAGUUGGUGGUUUGAGCUGGGCUCAUGUAGAUUAUGAUCACGCGGAUGGAUGGGUUGCGUCUAAUUGGUUAGCCUUUAAAGACUCUUGCUCAACUACUGGCACAGGUUCACAUACUGGCUCAACAUCUGUUCAGCAACUACCAGGAUGUCCUCACAUAGUAUCACGUGCUGAAUGGGGUGCACGAGCUCCAAAGCAUCCAGAUCAGCCUCUGCCUCAUGUUCCACAGAAUGUCUAUAUCCACCAUGGUGCUUCAGCAGCUUGUACCACAAAGACACGAUGCACCGCAAUUGUCAAACAAUACCAAAAUUACCACAUGGACGGACAUGGUUGGCCAGAUCUUGGUUAUACAUUUGUUAUUGGUGAAGAUGGAAAUGUAUAUGAAGGACAUGGUUGGGGAAAGAUAGGAACUCAUACACUUCACCAUAACUCAGAUGGUUUAGGAUUCUGUGUGAUCGGUGAUUUUACCAGUCGAGUACCAAAUGCUGCUGCUAUAAAUGCGGUGAAACAGUUGAUCGAUUGUGGUGUUAAAAAUGGAAAGAUUACAUCAGAUUACAUCAUCAAAGGCCAUCGUGACGUUCGAGCUACUGCUUGUCCUGGACAAAAAUUCUAUGAUCUUAUUCAAACCUGGCCACAUUAUAAGGCACAUUAAAAAUAAAUUGGUUUAAAACUUAAA